AUGUCGUGUUCGUCAAAUGUACGGGAAAUUGAACGUUUUAAAACUGAUGGCCAUUUCGCAAGUGACAUUGGCGACAUCUGUGCUAAGGCAUGUGCCAAUCUCCUCCGUGUCCCGAUAAUUGUAAUUACAGCUUUGCCUAAUGUCCCAUCCAUUCCAUUUUUACCAAAACAUUUCAUCACUGCUGUACCUAUGUAUCUGGCGUACGACCAUUCAGGUCCAGGGCAUUAUGACGCUACAAAAGGUAAAUAAGCAUGCAUAAGGCAUUAAGACGGAAUCCACAAGGAAAUUGAGUAAUUUAAAUUUUCAUUGUACAAAAAUACCAGAAUAAUUCAAACAACAUCGCAUUCUUUUUUUAUAUUUUCAAGGGCUAUGGAUGCAAUUAGUUAUCUGUAACACCAAAGAAUGUGAAAAGAAAAUGUCUCAUGAGAGCCAGAGAAAAUAAAUGUCAAAUUUCACAAAAUGACACCUUACACGUGAAAUUUUCAGAACUUUACCUGUGUUUUCACAAUUCUCGUGAAAUUUGACAUUUAUUUUCUCGGGCUCCCAUCAGAAAUAGUCUUUGGUGUCAUUACAGAUAACUGUUUAUAUAUCCAUAGCCCUUGAAAAAUGUGAAAAAGAAUGCGAUAUUAUUUAAAUUGUUCUGGUACAAGGUUUUUGUUCACUGAAAAUCAAAAUUACUCAAUUUCCCGAUGUAUUCCGUUUUAAGCCUAGUUUAAGUGUAGCACGUUUGCUUGGAUGAUUUUGUUAUUGGCAUUUGUACGUUUUCCUGCCCGUGUGUGUUUAUAAAAGUCUUCUAAAUAAGCAAAUAAAUAUAUAAAGAAAGAAAUAACGAUUUAGAGGUAGCACAUCCACAAAGUGGUUCUUCUUCUACCUGAUUCCUGAUCGAAUUGGGAUUUGGAAAUGCUACCGGCAAAAAAAAACUCUCAGAGCAAAGGAGAGGAAGAACAACAAACUCAACCACAUAUGGCGUCGACGCCGGGAUUUAAAACCGGGCCACACUGGUGGGAGGCGAGCGCUUUCACUACUGCUAGCUACUGCGCCAUCCCAUGCUCUCCGAACUCGUUAUUACCUAUUGGAUUGGCAAUCACUCAAUCAUAAAUAUCAAAGAAGAUACUCUCUUAUUUACAGAUGAAGAAAAAAACGAGUAUCUAUCAUUUGAAACGUGGAUAUCUUAAAAAUCAACUAGUCCAUAGGAUAAUAAUAAUUGUAAUAAUAAUAAUUAAUCAUGAUGAUGAUGAUGAUGAUGAUAACAACGAGGGUUACCAUUCCUUUGAGAGGUUUUACUUACACUGUAUUUUUUCUCUGGUAUGUUUCCAGAAUUUCUGAAUUCGAAUGAUGAAACGGAAGGAAAUGACACUAAAACCAGAUGUACCUGUGGCAAGACCCUUCCAAAAUGGCUUGCACAUCUUCUAAACGGUCUUUGUAACAGAAAAAGUCAAGCGUGCUCAAGAAAAUGUCGCUGUUUCAAUUGUAAGAACAAAAAUAAUGCUGCCUUUGAGGGAGAGAGGCAAUUAGGCGAAACACGCAAAGGCAAACGCGGAUGUACAUGUGGUAAUACCUUAAACAAAGAAGAUAAAGGUCGUGUAUCGUGCAGAGAUGGAAAAAGAAAAACAAAAUGUCCAUGCGUUGCCGAAGGACUCGGGUGUACCGAGUCAUGCAAAUGUUACAACUGUGGAAAUAUCUUUCAAAUUGGCGGUGUUUCCGCUUCACCACGCACAGGAAGAAAGAGAAGGAGAGCUACCAUUUCAACCUACAAGAGACAACGAGGAAAAGAGUUUAUGGAAAGACAGAAAGCUCCAGUGACCUCGGGACCUUGGAGACUGCUAGAAACAUUGUGUCUAGUAGUUUGUAAAGAAAUUCUCUUCAUUAGAGAGCUUCCAAGAAAUUCAUCAAACUUUUCAACGCUGUACAACUUCGUUGCAGAAUCGGACAAGGUUAAGGAAAUGUCUUUAACGAUUGAACGAAAAAGUACAGCUCAAGUAGCGGCAAAAAUCGCACAUUUGUCAGAACAUAGUCAUUGUUGA